UCCAUUCAUUCCCCUGGGAAUAGUGACGUAUUCAACAUAACGUGAUUGCUGUUUCUAAAGCAGAAAGGUCCUGUGUAUAAACCCUAUAAAAUGAGACGGCUGGAAAGGCUGUUCAGAGUGCACUGAAGGGGAGGAAAGGCAUUAGUCCAGGAAGGACAGCUGGCAAACUUCAGACCAGUAGGAGCAGUCUCACAGAGCAGAGCAGACCUUUGCACAUUCCCCUUCGGUAGCUGGAAAAGAUUCUUGUGGAGCAGCAGCCAACCAGUUGCAGAGCAAUUCAGAACCCAGGAGAGCUCCCAAUAUUGCCUUUGCUCCGGGGACCACCCUGUUCCCAAGGAGACGAGAGCCUCUUUCUGACUGAUCCAAAGAGAUGGAACACAGAAGUGGUUCCCAGAUUCCUCUUUCCUUUAUACUUCUUUGCACCCUCUGCUCACAAGCUCUUGCUUUACCUCCUCUAGGACCAUACUCAGCUAUGAGAUUAGGAAACAGAAUGCCAUUUGAUGGGGCAAGUGAAUCAGACCAAGCUCAAGGCUCAUUAAAACUGGAGGCUGACAUUUUGCAAACUACACUACCAGAUAAUGAUAAAUUCUAUUUUGAUAUCUCCAGAGCUAUAGACAGAAACACAAGACAUGCUGAUGGACUCUUCACAAGUGGGUACAGCAAACUUUUGGGUCAACUCUCUGCACGAAGAUAUCUGGAUUCAGUUAUUGGAAAAAGAGUUGGAAAUAACAGUCCUGUUGAAGAAGAGAUGCCUGUCAAGCGCCACUCAGAUGCUAUCUUCACUGACACCUAUAGCCGCAUCCGAAAUCAAAUGGCUGUGCAGAAAUAUUUGAACUCCAUUUUAACGGGGAAAAGGAGUCAAGACGAUCCUAUCACUUCUGAACAGGACAGAACAGGAUUGCUCGAACCUGUGUUCUUAGAAAAUUAUGAUGGUGUCACUGUAGAUGAUCUUCUGCACCAGCUCCCAUUAAACCUCUGAAGACACCUCAGUUUAAAACCCCUCAAACAAAUAAAGACAAGGUCAAAUUAUUUUUUGAGUUCCUCAUUGUAUUUCAAAGAAAUGAUUUCAUUAUUUAAACCAAAACUAAUACAUUGUGAAGUGAAAUCUGUGAUAUUUUUGUUUCUUAUAUAAUAAAAAUGGGUGUUUACACAGUAAAUGUUACUUUAGAGUGAUCUGCUUAAAGCUGUACAUAUACAGUAUAUGCUGGUUUAACUCAUACAAAACCUGUGAUCUCAUAUGUAAAUCUGUUAUUUUGAUAACUGCAUUUCAAAGAAAGGUGAACAUAGCACACAGUAGGGAAAUCCAUAAACUGUGGCUUAUGGCUGCUUAUACAAAAAUCAAAGAAUGCAAAUGAAUUGUCCCUUAAGCACUUAAAUCCCCAUUUUUACUGGGAGUAGUAAAAGAGAAAGAAUUUUCUGAGAAGUCCAAAGAAUUUCAGUGAUACUGAUGAAAACUCACAAGGGGUUUGUAUUCAUCUGUAGUGAACA